AUGGGCUAUGAGGUGAGCAAGGAGGAUGGGAAGGUGGCAGCAGGUGCUGAAAAAGAAGCAGAAGGGAAACAGGAGGAACCAAGUCGACCUCCACCCAAUCCACUUCUCAGUUUGCUCCAGUCUACAACUGGAAUUGUAGAUGCCAUGUUGUCUGACCAACCUCUCAAUAGUAAGUGCUUGGUGGCACCUUACACAGAUUCCUCUCGCUACACCUUGGCCUACCUCUGCUCAUGGAUUCUCUAUCUUGACUUUAUUUCUGCUGUUCCUGAUGAAGUCCAAUACCACUACCUCAACUUCCUCAGGGAGAAGAAAUUGAUGCAUUCUCUGCUGAACCAUCUACUACUCCUCCUUCCUGAUUCAGCCAUCCUGGCAGGAACUGAGGACACCAUGUUUAGCUGCAAGCCACUUCUAACUACCUCUAAAGGGGAAUCAAGUGAGGAGUUGCAGCACCUGGCAUGCCAGGUCUACCUCCUGGCCAUGCAAAUUCUCCCAGCCUUUGUGAGGUCAUGGUAUUCAGAAUUGGACAAGAGCCUGGCUUCCUCUGUUGAUCAAUUCACAGCUAAAUAUGUGAGCCCCAUCCUCUGCGAGGAUGAAAUCCAGGCUGUGCAAGGAGCUGAAAAAAGCUUUGUCAACAUGACUGUAAAGACACGCAAGAAGGUGCGUGAGGUGAUUGCAUCCUAUGCUGUGGAUGACUCUAAGGUGGAGCUGGUGGUGCGCCUUCCUAGCAACCACCCACUCUGCUCUGUGAGUAUUGAGACAGGGAAGCGGGUUGGUGUGACAGAGAAGCAGUGGCGUACCUGGCAGCUCCAGCUUACCACCUUCCUGCAGCACCAGAAUGGGUCCUUGGUCCAUGGCCUGGGCCUGUGGAAUCGCAACAUCAAUAAACGCUUUGAGGGGCUGGAGGAGUGCUACAUCUGCUUCCAUGUCAUUCAUGGCACAACUCAUCAUGUCCCACAGAUCCCCUGUCGCACCUGCAAGAAAAAGUUUCAUUCUGCCUGUCUUAGGCGAUGGUUCGAGACAAAGACAAUCACCAAAUUCCUCAAUGGGAAAGGAAUCUUUACCUUCCCUUCUGAAUGGGUGGAAGCUUGCAUUGAUUGGAUCAAGGUCGAACGCAAUGGAUGCUUGCCAGUGUUGAAUGAGUUGAAGGAGUUGGUCCUGGAGCAGUGGCUUCUGUCUGACCUGCGGGAACUAGCCACUCAUGUUCUGCCACAUCAGCUCAGCCUUGCCCACAAGCGUGUUCUCACUGGCCCCUUUGCUUUACAGAUGAACUGGGUGCGGGAUGUGGGUCGGCCAAGUUAUGUGCAACUGCAGCGCCUUCAGAAAGUGGACACUUCAAACCUGUCUGUGUACACGAUGCCACAAGACAAGGAGCAAGGAGAAGAAAGCACAGUCCAUGGGCAUGGAGGAGAGAAAAUAACCACAAAUCGGAUGCUGAUGAUGGAACUGACUGAUGGAGCUCAGGGUAUCAAGGCCAUGGAGUAUCAACCCAUCCCUCUCCUCUCACCUGAUCUCAAGCCUGGCACAAAGGUACUGAUCAGUGGUAAAGUGGAAUGUCGUCGUGGGGUCCUGAUGCUGAAGUCAGAGCAUGUCCAAGUUCUUGGAGGGGAAGUGGACAUCCUGAUGGACACCAACAAGCAGGAAAACCUUCUUGCACGGCAUCUGGAACUGCAGGAGGGAAGAGAGAAGGUGAAGGGAAAUCAGCAGGCAAGAGUUACAUCAGCAAUGCACUCAAAACAGCCAGUGCCAACAGAAGGCAUCCUAUCCAAGAUCCCAGAAGAUGAUGAUCUUUGUUUGCAUAACUUCAGGAACUCUGAGGUCUUAGAUGCAGACAAGUGUAGAUCAUCAUCCAUAUCAGCAUUUCCUUCCAAUGAAUACAUUUUUGAAAGUGAAGUGCUUAAUGAUGGAGCAUUUCUUGAUGAUGAUGAUCUUCUUCUCAGUCAAUUGGAUGAGUCCCAACUGACAGGACCUUUGGAACAACAGCAACAGCCACAAGUCUCAUCAGCAGUGGAGCACCAGGUCUUCUCCAGGUGCAUCCCACAAAAGUCAACUGUCACAGAAUUGAUUCCCAUUGCAGAACCUGAUUCUGUUGCCAUGGAUAUGAGUCCAAUGAAAACAGCAUUAUCAUCUGCAAGAGCAGUGAGGACUGAUAAUAAAUGUAAUCCUUCCCAGAAUGUUUCAAUUGCAAAGCAUGUUGCAAGAUAUCCUUCCUUUCCUACAACAUCAGCUUCAUCUUCCAGUGCAUAUCAAGAGCCAUUCUCUCUCAAGAAGCCAGUGGCAAGCCAAGUUUCUCCUUCCAUCGACAAUGAUUCUAUUUUUAUUACAAAAGCAGGUCCUAGUGUCAUAGGAAGAGGUUCUACAUUCAAACCAGUUGCAGUUUCUCUCACAGCAGAGAAAUCCUCAAUUAUUUUGACAGAACCACAAGAUUCUUCAACCUUGGCAAAGCCAUCAGCCCUUGUGAAGCCCUGUCAGGAUGAAUGGUCAAGGCAUGUCCUAGAUGACCUAGAAGUGAUCAAUCUUACUCCCAAACAGCAGCAGAAGGCUUCAGCCAUCCCAGAUGAAGAGAUUGUAAAGCUGAAAGACAUUCAAAGACCAACAGUGGGUGUAUUGGGAGUGUAUGUGGUUGUGUUUAUCUACUCUCUGACAUCCACAUUGAAAACAACCAGUGGAACUGCAUGGCAUUUGGUUGUCCUCCUGAAGGAUCCUUCUGCAUCUCUUGAAGCCAACUUUCAUGAUUCGGUCCUGGAGAAGCUGAUAGGCUUCUCUGCCUUAGAGGCAAGUCAGAUGAAGCAUGAGGCCAAAGUCUCCUCAAACUCCUCUGUCAGACACCAACUCAUUCAGACCUCUGAUACCAAGCUGAGAUUGUAA